AUUGCUCAUUUCGACUUUUCUGCUUUCAAACGUGAUGUUGUAGUUCGCAUUUGUUCUAGCUGGAAAUGGAAAAAAAAUCUUUCGAUUGGAAGAAUUUCGCGAAAAAAUCGAAUCCAAGGUCUAGCAAGUUAUAAUUUGUUACUAACAGAAAAUUAUUGUAUCCAAAACGGCAUUUUCGCGAAAAGUAAGCGGUAAAACUCAAGUCAUCGGAAAAGUACCCAGGAAGUUUACUUGAAGUAAAGGAUCUAUGCUGAUUUGUUUGAAUGAAUAAGGAAAAGUUCAAUACGCUACAGCAAUAAAUUCAAAAUGAGUGCAUUUCUCAGAGCUCCGAAGCUAGUACUUGGACUGAACCGGUAUUACCUGGAUUUGGGAGUUCGGAACCGAGUUGUAAGCUACCGAGCCAAACGGUUAGGUCUAUAUCAGCAAUGCUACAGUACUUUUUCCACUGGUGGCAGAAACGUGGCUGUGUUGGCAGUUUCUCCUUCACUGAUUGAUGCGCUAGGAUAUAGCUUUAGUAAUAAUGGUGCUAUUAGAUGUAUAUCGACAAGUGUGGUGCACUUUGAUCAACCGUCAUCCAAGGUGGAGGUGACAGUGCAAACGAUCAAAAAAUCGAAAAAAGAGCACGAACAGCAACAGCAAAGCGUCGAAGCUACUGCUGCCACAGUGUCUACGGCAACCAGUGCGAGUACAGCAGAGGCAGCUGUUCCACCCACACAAGUUGUCGUAACAGAACCGGUGAAAAAAACACUCCAGCAACGGAUAUGGGCCGAAUUAGUGCAUUACUAUCAUGGUUUUCGGUUACUAUUUAUUGAUAUCAAUGUAAGUCGGAAGCUUAUAUGGCGGGUACUUAAUGGGAAAACAUUGACACGCCGCGAACACCGACUGCUCGUACGAACCACCUCGGAUAUGUUCCGUCUGUUACCAUUCUCAGUGUUCAUCAUAGUGCCCUUUAUGGAAUUGCUUCUCCCGCUAGCGAUAAAAUUGUUCCCGGGAAUGCUACCAUCAACGUUCCAAACUGCAACGGAACGGGAGGACAAAAUAAAACAAAACCUUAAGGUGAAACUAGAAAUGGCCAAAUUCUUGCAGAAGACUUUGGAUGACAUGACUGUGCAAAAUAAAGAUCACCGCUCACAAGCAGCAAAGGAUUUUAGUGAAUUCUUCGCCAAGUUGCGUACCACGGACGACUUUACUGUGACUAAUGAGGAUAUCAUCAAGUACUCUAAAUUGUUUGAGGAUGAAAUAACGUUGGAUUCGCUGUCGCGGCUACAGCUGCAAGCACUUUGUCGGGUGCUAGAGAUGUCUCCGAUUGGAACUUCUAAUCUGUUGCGUUUUCAACUAAGGCUGAAGUUGCGUAGCUUAGCUGCAGAUGAUCGCACUAUACAGAAAGAAGGCAUCGAAUCAUUAAAUCUAUCUGAGCUGCAGGCAGCUUGUCGUGCACGUGGCAUGCGUGCUUAUGGUGCUACCGAGGAACGUCUACAAGCACAACUUCGAGAGUGGAUUAACCUUAGUUUAAACGAAAAAGUACCUCCAUCACUGCUACUACUUUCGCGAGCUCUGAUGUUACCAGAAAAUGUCACUACGAGUGAUAAACUGAAGGCUACUAUCUCUGCCCUUCCCGAUUCGGUUGCUACCGUUACAAAGGCCGCUAUCGGUGAACGGGAAGGAAAGAUUGAUAACAAAACCAAAAUCGAAGUCAUCAAGGAAGAACAACGUAGAAUCAAGGAAGAGCUUGAAGAAGAAAAAGAAAAACAGAAAGAGAUCGCCGAAAUUUUGGUCGACAAAGCUCCAAUUGUCACCGAAGAGAAGGUUAUCCAUUUGAAAGAGCCUGUGGUGCUUAAACCAGUAGCAGAACAGCCUGUGGUUUCGGCUGCGGAGGAAAUAUCCAGCAAAGACUUGGAAGCACUUGGCGAUGCGCUGGGUACUUUGAGUAAGGAUAAAAAGACAUUGCUUGUAGAGAAAGAAGAGAUUAAGGACUUGAAGGAGGAAAUUGCUGAUUACCAAGAAGACGUCCAGGAACUUCAAGAGGUCAUAACCGCGGCUCCUGGAGAGAUGAAGGUAAAAGAAUCGCGCGCUGCCAAAAUGCUGUACAAACAAGUUAAUUCAAUGAUCAGUAAAAUGGACACAGUGCUUGCUGAUCUAGAGAAGAAGGAACAGGAACUGCAGCAACAAGUCAGCGCUGUCAAAGAAAGUACUACCGAUAAUGAUGGACCAGCAAGCAUUGUUAGCGAGGAAUUGGUGCGAAUCGAUGAACUGAUGUCCGUUAUAAGAAAAAUUCAGCAGAUUCCUGAUGAUUCCCGGUUAGACCAAAUUUCUAAAAUCCUUGGCAAAAUAGACGACGAUCACGAUGGGCACAUCAAAGUGGAAGACGUUUUGAAGGUGAUCGAAACUAUCGGCAAGGAAAAUGUUCAUUUGAAUGCCAAACAAGUUGAUGAGCUAAUUGAUUUGUUAGACAAGGAAGAGGUUCUGGAGGCUGAGGAUAAGAUCGAAAAAGCCCUCAGUAAGAGCCUGGAAGCCAAAGAGAAACAAAAGGAGCAGGAGAGAAGAGAGAAAGAGAAGUUGAUGGAACUACAGGAUAAAGCAACUGAUUUGAGUCUUUCCCCUGCCGAUGGUCAAACAAGUAAAGGAAACGAUACGAAGCUUGAUGAACCAAUUCUUGAUAUUCAACAAAACGCUGUCGAUAGGAAAAAACAACAAAAGUUGUCUGACGCUAGUAUAACCAGCGAUAUCAACUCGUCGUCGGCAUCGGGGAAUAACACAGCAAAAAUUCCAUCAACAAUCGUUCCUCCACCAGCGUCGUCCAGUUCAACACAAGAUAAACGAAUUUGACGCAGUCAAAAACAAACUACUGUUGAUUCCAAAUAGCCAAUCUGCGAAAACCUAGUACCAGGUGAAUAAUGGAGUAGUCCGAUGAAAGGACAUUGAGCAACGACAUCAGGCCGUAUUCCUAGUGGAUCAGAAUAGUUGAAUACACAGCAAUGCUGAUAGUACUUUGCGCUGAAAUUCAGUGUCUGAACAAGUGAUUAUGAAAAUAUUUGUGAACAAUAAUGUAACUGUAAAUUAUGCGUUGUAAAAAAGAUUUAUUUAAAACCCGAUCCUCUAACAUAUUUUUUUUAUUGUUUCCACACAGAAUAACGCAAUCCUCCAAUGUUGUUAAACAUUGACAAUACCUUUUCUGCUGUUCAGAAAUAAAAUUUUUAAUAAUGUA